AAGAAGCCACGUGCUUGAAAGCAGACCACCCCACUAACACUCCACGUCAGGUGAGACAUUCAGUUCCCACACACUAUCAGGAGUGGGUGUAGGGUCUACGGUGGCUAGCGUCAUUCGAUUGAAGUCAUACUGAACGCCCAUGCUUACGCCAAUAUCCAGCAACAGAUAGACCCAGCAACACUCUGUGCACAAAAGGUACAAGAAGCACUGUGAAGGUAAUUGAGGAGUGCUCUUAAGAAAAAAACAACCAAGCACCACAGCGAACACUCAGAGACUGAAGGCAGGGACAUCACCCUGCUGAUGCUGGGUACAAUGCAGUCUGCCUUCUUGCGGCUGAGGGGGGAAGCCGACCAAGAGCCUGAGGACCCCUCUCUUAGAGGCCUAGGUCUGCGUCGCAAGCGAGAAUUCACCCCGGAGGAAAAAAAGGACGCUUCCUACUGGGAAAAACGACGCAAAAACAAUGAGGCGGCCAAGCGUUCACGAGAGAAGCGGCGGGCGAACGACUACAUGCUAGAGACACGGCUUGUGGCACUAAGUGAGGAAAAUGCAGCUCUACGGGCCGAACUACUGGCUUUGAAGCUUCGCUAUGGUCUCCUCACUUCUAGCCCCUCAUACACCGUCCCCCAGAGAAGCUUCCUUCAGAUGCAUCCAUACACCCAGCAAACUCCAAACACCUUUCCAGACAGAGAGCUCUACUGGGACAGAAGGAGUCAAGAACCUUCCCAAUUGCCUGGAUACCAACGACCUUCCACUCUAGCCGCACACCCUGGCUCAAACUUUCUCCCCACACAUUCCAUGAACAUCAGCAGGCCCUAUCCUUACCUUCUAGAUGUCCCUGGCCUCCUUCCCUCUACAAACAGCUCCAUGCUCUUGGCCCCUGUGUUUCCUCCGCUGGCUGCAUCUUAUGCAGAUCUUCCACUGCUGAGGCCCAGAGGGCAGAGGGCAACGUCAGACGAGGAGGGUGAGCAGCAGGUACCAGCUGAUGCCAGUGCCGCUCUGCCUCAUAAACUGAGGCUGAAGAACACCAAAACAGCAGAGCACAAAGACAAUUCAGCCACCACUACAUCCCCAGGCCCUAUAUAUGUGUCCGACUGAAAACAAACCAAACUGGAAGGAGGACAUCUGUUAAACUUUGCUAGCAGGCUAGUUUAUUAUGGACUAGGAGGUCGCCUAGGUUGGCUAGUAUGUGGACAUGUGGUAAACUUUUCAAGACAUUCAGAUAAAAAUUUUUAUGAAAAAAUUACUGAGAGAGACCAUUUGUUCCACUUUUGCUUCAUUUUCUUCUAGUGUUAUUUUUACCAAAGUCCACAGUUGUCAUGUCAGCCAUGCAAAAGCAUCACCAGUGCUACCAAAGAUAGCUAACACAUGACUUAUUAAAAUGCAUAGGGAUGAGCAUUUCAAUCAAAGUUAAUAUCAGAAUUGUUAAGGCAUAAUUCCAGGGGAAAAAACUGAGAAAUCUUAAGGAUUCUGGCUACCACACAUGGGAUGUGUCUGGAGACAGCGACCAGAGACAGUGCUGCCUCUCAGCAUCUUGAUAUUACUGUACUAUAUUAAACUCAGAACACCAGUCCAUAGUACUUGACAUGUGGCUAAUCUAAAGUAUUUAAGACAAACAGGCAUUCCUUUUUCACCUCAGCUAAUUAUUAAUAUUUGCCAGGACUUUUUAUAUUUCACCUGGAAAACAGACUUUGUGAAGAUUUAGUUAGCUAAAACCAAACCUGAUAAAUUCACUAAAUGAUGUUGAAAGUUUUUUUCCGUUAAAUUUUUACCAUUCCAGUUCAAAAUGAGCUUGAGCUUCAUGUUUAUCUGCGCUUUUCUGUGACACUUCCUAUGUGCUAUAGCUUUGUACUAUCUGCCACCUGGCAGUAGAGAUCCUCUGGUGACACAAUGGAGAGUUUCUUGUCUGGUACACAAUAGCAUUUAGCUGGUUUUAGUAGCAUUUCUAUGCUUCAUUCUUUAGAGUCAACAAAUAAGAAACUGUCCAAAACUCAAGACACAGUUUCUUUAUUUCCCUCUGGUGGAGUAUAGAGUUCAGACAUCUUAUGGUUCUUAUAAGAAUGUUUAAUGUUAUAGACAGAUUUAUCCACAUACUGAAAAAGCCAAUUCAUUUUUGAAAACGUUCAUGACUAUUUGAAUAUUGAAACAUCCUGACUCAUCCCUAGCAACAGAGGGGCAGGGUUUGACUGGUCAAGUGUUGCCAGCAAGGCCUAAGAGAUGGCAAAAUGCUGUAAAUCCUGUGUGUGCCAAAAAGUGUUUCCUACUUUCUGAAUUACAUUCAGUAUGCAAGUGUAUGGAGAAAAUUUUAAUUCAAAACGGAAGUCUAUGGAGGAGUAAUAAAUUUUUUACUAAGA